AUGCAACAUAAAUUUCUCCUGGCCGUUGUCCUGCUGGUUUUGUUUGCCACAACCAUCACUCUGGCUCAAAACAUGGGAUGUUCAUCGGAUAGAGAUUGUCUUUCUAACUACAAGUGUGUCUCAAUUUCAAAACCAAAUAGUGAAAAGUAUAAUGCUUGUCUUCCUAACUCUGAUGACAGAUCAACUAUUGUCAGUGCAAUGAAUGCCAAGGCUUCAAGAAUUUCCUCAGCAAAGAAUAGUUUGAAUGGAAUUGUAUUGGCUGAUGAUGAACAAGUUGCUUUAUCUGCCAAAUCGGAUAUUACAGCAACAACAACGGCAACAACUACCACUGCUGCUCCAACAACUACAACAUCUUCAAUUACAUUGGUAGAUAAGAAUUCUGCUAUCAGUAGUGAUGUUGGUGGUGGUUCGGCCAAUACUGAAAAUGAAGAACAAGAGGAAAAUACUGAACAAGAGGAAGAAGAAAAUGAUGAAGAGGAAAAUGAACAAGAGGAAGAAGAGGAGGAAGAGGAUGAAGAUGAAGAAGAAGAAGAGGAUGAUGAAGAGGAUGAGGAAGAAUAG